CGACUCACAUGACCGAGAAAUUUCUUGCUUCGGCACUAUAGGGAUACGCGUUUGACACUGUGGUAGUGGUCCUUUUCAGCAACUGAGGCGUUCUGAGAAAAAGCCACUUAUAAAGAAUAUUUGAAGAUACCCGGCGUUUGUUUGUCUAGGCUUCUGAGCAGACCCUACAGUUUUGCUUUUGUGCUGGUGUUGUGUCAGCUGUCGUACGGACCUCGUCUCUUGCGGUGUUGUCGUGUCUUUUUUAAGUGAUUUAUUGUGGCACCCCUGGACUGAAGGCAUGGCAUCAUACGCCAGCAAGCAGCUGUUGUCCAUCGCGAUCAUAUUUUUUUGCGCCCUAGGUCACCUGACCACAGCACAGAUUGUAACCCUGGAGGUGAAAGAAGGAAACUCCACCUGCAUCAAAGCCGAACUGGCGGCCCGGUUCUCUGUGUCGUACAACACCACCAACGGCACACGGACAGCAACCUUCCCCUUCCCUGGCAACGCCACCGUGGGCAACCGCAGCUCUUGCGGGGGGGCAGGCCUCCUCCCACUGCUGGCGGCCUCCUUCGGCGAUGGCCAUGCACUGAUCCUCCGCUUCUCCAGCAACGGGAGCCAGUACAGGGUGGAGAGUCUGGACCUGGAAUACAACCUCAGUGACAGCAGCAUCUUCCCCAGCUCCUCCUCUCCCGGUCUUGUUACCGUGAAGACUGACUCCGCCGGGAUCUUGGCCCAGAUAAAUACCACUUACCGCUGCGAGAGCUCCUGGCUUGUCGGCCUGGGAGGGGGCAGUGGGAACACCAGUGGAAACGCCAGUGUCACCUUCUCCAACAUGCGAUUGCAAGCCUACAUGCCGGGGAGCGAGCUGAGCCGCAAUGAGACCGUGUGCACCGCGGAUCAAAGCGUCACCACCGCCGCACCCAAAACGAGCCCAGUCACGCCCGCGCCUGUCCCCACUGUCCCAGGGACUCCAGAAAGAGGCAUCUACAACGUCACCAAUAACAACGGCACCAUCUGCCUGAUGGCUUACAUGGGGCUGCAGCUUAACCUCACCUACCCAUCCAGCGUUCAAAACAAGACUGUCCAGGAGGUUGUGAACCUGCAGCCCAACCAGACAAAGAGUUCGGGCUCCUGUGAGGUGAGCAGCGCAACCCUCCUGCUCAGGGACGACCGCACCAACCUUACCUUCUCCUUCACACUGAACACCACGUCCAAUAAGUACCACCUGAAUGGGAUUUCGAUUACGGCCACCUGGCCAGACAUGAAGGAACCCUUCUCCGCCAGUAACGGGAGCCUGGACUACCUGCGUGGGACUCUGGGCCGUUCCUACAUGUGCAGCGCGGAGCAGACCCUGCUUGUGGACCAGACAUUCGCCAUCAACACGUUCCACCUGCAGGUGCAGCCCUUUGGGGUCAACGGGGGCCAGUUUGAAGCAGCGGAGGAGUGCCAGCUAGAUGAAGACAACAUGCUGAUCCCCAUCAUCGUGGGGGCGGCGCUCGCCGGCCUGGUGCUCAUCGUCCUCAUCGCUUACCUGAUUGGGAGGAAGAGGAGUCACGCCGGUUACCAGACCAUUUGAUCCAGCCCAUCACUUCCUGUCCCGUGACCGGCGGGAGAGGAAGUCCGACACCUACUACUAACGACUGACUGGACUCUGUACUUGCCCCUCCCACACCUGCCGCCCCCCGCGCUUCGUCAUCUGACUCCCAUUAAACAAGGACGUCUCCUCACUGCUUUUGUGCUGACAGGACACCGCUGGGGCUAUCAGCUUCUACAUGGCAUGCUUUUUUUUUUGACCCCCAUUGAUUUGGACAUUUCUGCUUUAUUUGAAUUAAAUUUUGUGUAAAUAGGAAUUUUGGGUAUUAUAGCUCUAAACUUCCACAGCUGUUUUGGGAGUGGGUUACCGUAAUAACUGUAGUAAGGCGCCCCCGAACCGUUACUAUAGUUAGAUCUCUGUUGAUUUGGGACUGAGUUGGUAGCAGCUGUGACCUGAAAGGAUUUGCAGAUCUUAGAGGGGUUGGUCUGCACAGUACAUGUGCAUGAGAGCGGAGUGGCAGAUGCUGCGGAUGAUGGAGGUGCGAUUUAAACAGAUCAACAAGGCUUUAGGUUCUAAGGCUCACCUCUGGCUUGGGUGCAGGUCUGUGGUUUCAGUCGUAGGGAUGCUGGUUUGUAUGCUGAAGUAUGUUACUGGCUGGUGUAGAUGCAAAAGUUGUCUUUUGUAAAAAGAUGUCUCUCGACCUGGCUUAUUGGCGGUAAACGUGUCGCAUACAAUAACACGUUCAUUUCAGUUGCAACAUUAUCUUAAAAAUACCUGAGCUUCUUGAACUGGUGUUUUUAGAAGGAUGGAUCUUAAUCUUUGGCUGUCUAAACUGCAUGUUUGUUUUCUGUUUUUAUUUUCCUUUUCCUGUUAAUCCACAGGGUACAGCAGUCAGUGGCGACACCAGGACCCCGAAUCCUCUUUUAAAGGGAAAAUUUUAAAUGUCCCCCCCUGUUCCCUUCCCUUUAACAGGCCACACACAGCCACUGUAAACGCUCCAUGAUACUCGCACUCCGAGUGACCUGUGUUUGCUUAACACUUGUAAAAAAAAUUUAAAAAAAUGGUGGGAGGGGAAAUAAGGCCUUUUAUAUGUAUUUAUUGUAGUUUUUGCUCCAGAGUACUUCUGCUCCUUUUGAUUCCGAACUGUAUCCCGAGCGUUCCAACUUUUAAGUUCCUGACCCCCCCCCCCAAUCCCCCAAGAUGGUAUGGCCCAGAGGAGGUGUGUCCGGGAGCAGGACCUGUUAGGCUACACUGCUCUGUAGGCUGCCCCUCCUCUCGGCAGUGAACCAUGAAAUGAGGGCCAGUGGGUAAUAUGAUCAAUGCCAUGCCGAGUUACUUUCCCCACCACGUUAGCUUCCUGUGCUAGCCUGUAGUGUGGGCACAGUAGCCUCCAUGCCAGCGGGGAACCAUAGCCCUUUCACCUCUACUUGAAGACAUCUUAACAUCUUAUUUAAAAAGGCAUGGUAAUAAAGACAUGGAUUUACACCAUUGAUAUUUUUUCUAUCCAUCCUAGUAGAUUGGACUUUUAUUUUGGUAAGGAAUGCUGAUUUGUUUAUGCAUCUAAAUAAAGAAUAAAAAGGGA